AUGACAACUUCACCAGAAAAUGUAAACGAAGGAAAAACUGGGAAAGAAUGUCCAAGCAAUGAAAGUACCGAAGAAAUUAACAGCGCAACUAUAGAAACAUUGGCCCCCAGAUCACCAGAAAUAACUAUGUUAGAUUUCAUAACUAAGGAACCACUUGAAACGCAACUGCAAAAUCUGCUGGAAUCAAUGUCAAUAAAAAAUGUUAAUUGGUCUAAUGUAGAAGGAUAUAAACAGGCAUUGUUCAUAGACAGUGGAGAUCCAAUCAAAGUAGAAGAAAUUCUGGAAAAUUUAAUGUCCAUUGGGAUUGGGCAGAAAAUUGUUGGGAGUUCUGUUAGUCUUUUUCCAGCAACUGUUCACAUUGAGAAUACAGAUAUUAAUAAAGAGGAUGACAGUCUUUUGAAGUUACAAAAAGAAAAUGAAAAUGAAUUCAAAAAUUCUGUAAAAUCUCGUAUGAUUGUUGCACAGGUGGUGCAGAUUGUGAGAUCAAAUGCUGUGUUCACAUUUGAUUAUUGUAUGCUUAUUAUACUUGCAAGUAUGAUUGCUGUUAUUGGUUUAAUUGAAAACAGCUCAGUUAUUUUAGUUGCCAGUAUGCUCAUCUCUCCUUUAAUGGGGCCAAUUUUGGCUGGAACCUUUGGAAUUACAAUCCGAAACAGUCCUCUUCGAAACCUUGGCAUUCGCUCAGAAUGUAUUGGACUUACCCUGUGUAUCAUUUGUGGAUUUAUUGGUGGUCUUCUUGUUGGAGCCAUUCAGCAUCAAGGAUUAACAGGUUAUAUGGAUGAAUGGCCAACAAUGGAGAUGAAAUCCAGAGGAAUGAGUCGUAGUUUGUGGGUUGGAGUCUUCAUAGCUUUGCCAUCAGGUGCUGGAGUUUCUUUAUCUAUUCUUGGAGGCAAUAUAGGAUCCUUGGUUGGUGUGGCAAUUUCAGCUUCCUUGCUGCCACCUGCAGUCAAUGCAGGCAUGCUGUGGGCUUUUGCUUUGUUGACAAUAAUCUCUCCACUAGAAAAUGUCACAUUAAACAAUUCUUCCACUGUUAUUGUAAGCGAACUUGGUUGCCUCCCUUUCCAAGACAAUGCCUAUGAACCCAUCUACAGCUGCAACAUAACAAAAGAAAUGGGGAUCAUGGGUGCUGUUAGUUUGCUGCUCACUUUCAUUAAUAUUAUCUGCAUUUUUUUUGUUGGAGUUAUUAUGCUUAAAAUCAAGGAAGUUCUUCCCCUAACAUCUUCUGCAAAUACAGUUGAAUUCUGGGGUAGUGAUUUAAAAGUUGCAAGAGAUUCUUACAAGACUAUGAAAGGAUCAGAAUCUGCUUCUCUUCAUCAAAAAUUCAAGAAUGAAUGGGAGAAACUAACCAAAUCCAGCCAAUUUGAAGAAAAUUCAAUGAAAAGAAAUAACAUUCAUUUUGAAAGGAUCUUACAAGAUAUUUCUACGUCUCUACCUUACAACCCAUACUGGACUCUACCAUAUAAGCUGCAAUCUUCUGAAGAAAAUCAAACAGCACAUACGAUACACAGCCUUUCUUACUCAAAAUUGUGCAAUUAUGAAACUAUUAUUCCUUCUCCAGGCAUCUUGAUGGCACGUCCAUUUUCAUUCCCUAACUACAAAGAAGAGGUUCCCACCAAAAAGUCCAAAAGACAUAAAAAGAUCAGAUUUACUCCAACCAUUGUCAAAACAAAAAAAAAUAAAUUCAUUGUAACUUCAGUUCCAGAAUCUACUCUAUUGAAAACCAGCAUCAAUGAAGAAAUGUUAUAA